AUGGAUCAGAUCUUUACCUUCAUCCUGCUCCUGCUCAGUUUAUCUGGCACUUUUUCCAAGUAUGUUCACAUUAAUCAGAAAAUGGAUUGGCGUCGAGCUCAGAUUUACUGUCAGCAGCAUUACACAGACCUGGCUCCUGUCAGUAAUAAGAGGGAUAAUAAUGAACUUCAGCAACUCGCCAGCAAUGUCAAUGACAUUAUCUGGAUCGGACUGGUAAGAAAUUCUUCAGACAGAACAGAAUGGCUGUGGUCAGGAGGUGGAGCACCAACCAUGUAUUUCUGGGCACAAGGUGAACCUAAUGACUAUUAUAAUAGAGAAGACUAUGGCUAUCUGUGGAAAGGCAAGUGGUAUGAUGGAGGCCUAUGGUAUAAAAUGACCUUCUUCUGCUACAGUGCAGCAGUGGUGAAGCAGGAAAAGACGUGGGAGGAAGCUCUGGAGUACUGCAGGGAGCACCACGAUGACCUGGCCAGUGUGGGGUCUGAGACUGAGAUGCUGCUGAUCCAGAAAGAGCUGAGCAAACAAAACACCACUGAACACGUCUGGAUUGGAUUGCGUUUCCUGGCUGGUGACUGGUUGUUGAUGGACGGGCAGGAGAUGGACUAUGAGGCCUGGGGUGAAGAGGGAAAACCAUCAUGUCCACAUGCCAAGAUGAGGUGUGGUGCCUUACAGGUGACAGUUGGACGCAAGGCAAUAGUGGUGAAGCAGGAAAAGACUUGGGAGGAAGCUCUGGAGUACUGCAGGGAGCACCACGAGGACCUGGCCAGUGUGGCAUCUGAGACCGAGAUGCUGCUCAUCCAGAAAGAGCUGAGCAAACAUAACACAAAAGAAGUCGUCUGGAUUGGCUUGCGCUUCUUAUUUGAGGACUGGCUGUGGUUUAAACAGGUACAGAUUGAAUUGCCUUUGACUACCGCCAAAUUCAGAAAGUACCAGACCGCUAUGGAACAGGUAAUCUUCUUUAUCUAG